AUGUUCUCUAAAGACGAUGCUCGCACUGCUGUCGGGAUUAUAGGAAACAUCAUUGCACUCACAUUGUUUUUGUCACCCGCGCCAGCAUUUUACAGGAUAUUGAACAAAAAAUCAGUGGAGCAGUACUCGCCAAUGCCAUACCUGGCUACCUUUGUGAAUUGCGGGCUAUGGGUGCUGUAUGGGCAGCCAAUGGUACACCCACAUAGCACCCUGGUGGUGACCAUAAAUGGUACAGGGUUUGUGAUUGAGGUUGUAUAUUUGUCACUCUUUCUUAUAUACUCUGAUAGAAAGAAGAGGCUGCGGCUGGUGUUGAUAUUGGCGGCGGAAUGCCUGUUCAUGGCAGUUCUGGCCCUUCUUGUCCUAACUUUGGCCCAUUCGACGAAACUCCGGUCUGCCAUUGUUGGGAGCAUAUGCAUGGUGGGUAACAUUAUGAUGUAUGCCUCCCCGUUAGCAGUAAUGAAACUGGUGAUCACCACAAGAAGUGUAGAGUUCAUGCCAUUUUUUCUUUCACUUUUCUCCUUUCUCAAUGGUGUUAGUUGGACUGCCUAUGGCCUCGUUCGUUUUGAUCCCUUCAUCGUUGCACCUAAUGGGAUGGGUUCACUGCUUGGUUUGGCUCAAAUAAUUCUAUAUGCCACCUUCUUCAAGUCAACCAAAAGAAUGAUGGCUGAAAGGGAAGCCAAAUCCGAGGUAGUCGUGGCAGAAAAAGCAUCGGCAAGAAAUGCAAAGAGAUCCAAUGCUGAAAUUCAAAAUAGCCAUGUUGUAGAAGUUUGA